AUGGAAAGACAAGGGUUCAAUUCGAUGCUGUUUACUAGAGGUAUGCUGUUUACUAGAGGUUUAGAAUACAGGUGUGGUUUAAGUAAAUCAAUAGAUAGUUUUGGUAUAGAUAGUUUUGGUCCUAUUGAUGAAAAUAACGGUGGAGACCCAUCUAGUUUAACUGAUAUGCAUAAUAACAUUCAUAGCUGGAAGAACAAUAGUGAAAAUUGUAGUUAUAGUCAUGGUCAUGCUGACUAUUCAGCAGAUGUGAACAACAUACAUAAUCAUAAUUUGCUAUUUGCAAAAAGUCUAUCCGUUUGGGAUAGUCAUAAUAAUAGUUAUGACAUAUAUUAUGCUUAUAAUGAUGAUAGUUGGACUUAUAACAUGAAUUGUUGCAUUUGGAAUUAUCUUCGUUCUCAAAUCUGGGAGGAUAUUGACAAAUCCAAUGCCAGUUACCGUGAUAUGGACUUUAAGAGUUACAUUUGCGAUAGGGGCCAAAAUACUAGUGAAAGCCAUAGUACAAAUAUAAUAAUAUUAAGGAACACAAAUGCUAGAAAUCAGACAGCAGAUCCAGAUGAUGCAGAUAUAUCUGAUGGAUCAGAUAUAUCAGAUCCAUUGGAGAUAGAUCUAUCUGAUCCAUCCGAUACAGAUUAUCGAUACGAUCCAUUUGCUGAUACAUCAGAUAUAUCAGAUCCAUUGGAGAUAGAUCUAUCUGAUCUAUCAGAUACAGAUUAUCCAUAUUAUAUGGAUGGAUCUGAUAUAUCAGAUCCAUUGGAGAUGGAUCUAUCUGAUCCAUCAGAUACAGAUUAUCCAUAUUAUAUAGAUGGAUCUGAUAUAUCAGAUCCAUUGGAGAUAGAUCUAUCUGAUCUAUCAGAUACAGAGGAGGAUCUAUAUGGUAUAUACGAUCUAGAUGAGAUCUAUUAUCUGGAUGGAUCAGAUAGAUCAGAUCCAUUGGAGACAUUGGAGACAUCAGAUCUAGAUGAGAUCUAUUAUCCGGAUGGAUCAGAUAGAUCAGAUCCAUUGGAGACAUUGGAGACAUCAGAUCCAGAUUAUAUAAAUGAUCCGGAUGGAUCAGAUAGAUCAGAUCCAUUGGAGAUAUCUGAUACAUCAGAUACAGAUAUAUGUCAGAAGGAUAGUGAUGAUAAUAGCAAAAUGGAUAUGCUGGCUAAAAUGAACCAAUAUAGUCAUUUAUGGGUUCUAUGCGAAACUUGCUCUAGCUUAAAUUUUAAACAAUUUUUAGUAGCCAAACUGAGUAUUUGCGAAUACUGUGGACUUAUUGGAUCCUUGGCAAUUCACGCAAGGAUUGGUCGUUGGGGGUCUAUAGAAAGUCCAUUUUAUGAAAUUUCUGAGAGAUCAAAAAGAAUACGAAUGCUUUAUUUAUCACCACGUAGAGAUGAAUACUAUAUGGUAGCGACGGGAAAUUUUUUAGCACUGACUCGAGGUAUUCAGGAGGAGCAGAUUGUUCCAGCUCGAUACCGUCAAGAAUUUCUGACUAUUGCAUGGGAACAGGUUCAUCUUCGAAGUAUUUCCCCGUUCCAAUAUUUUUCUAUUGGAGCUUCCCUCAUUCCUUUUAUCGAGCAUAAUGAUGCGAAUAGAGCUUUAAUGAGUUCUAAUAUGCAACGUCAAGCAGUUCCUCUUUCUCGGUCCGAAAAGUGCAUUGUUGGAACUGGAUUGGAACGCCACGUGGCCUUAGAUUCGGGAGUUCCCGCUAUAGCCGAACACGAGGGAAAGAUCGUUUAUAAUGAUACUGAUAAGAUUAUUUUAUUUGGAAGUGGGAAUGCUCUAAGUAUUCCAUUAAUUAUAUAUAAACGUUCCAACAAAAAUACUUGCAUGCAUCAAAAAUCCCAGGUUCAGAAAGGUAAAUGCGUAAAAAAGGGACAAAUUUUAGCAGAUGGUGCUGCUACAGUUGGUGGUGAACUCGCUUUGGGAAAAAACGUAUUAGUAGCUUAUAUGCCAUGGGAAGGUUACAAUUCUGAAGAUGCUGUACUCAUUAGUGAGCGUCUGGUCUAUGACGAUAUUUAUACUUCUUUUCACAUACGGAAAUAUGAAAUUCAGACUCAUGUGACAAGCGAUGGUCGUGAAAGAAUCACUAAUAAAAUUCCACAUCUAGAAGGCUAUUUACUCCGAAAUUUAGACAAAAAUGGAAUUGUCAUUCUGGGAUCUUGGGUAGAAACGGGCGAUAUUUUAGUGGGUAAAUUAACGCCUCAAAUGGCAAAAGAAUCCUCCUAUGCCCCGGAAGAUAGAUUAUUACGAGCUAUACUUGGGAUUCAGGUAUCCACCUCAAAGGAAACUUGUCUAAAACUACCUAUAGGUGGUAGGGGCCGAGUUAUUGAUGUGAGAUGGAUCCAGGGUUCUAGCUAUAAUCCAGAAACGGUUCAGAUAUAUAUUUCACAGAAACGUGAAAUCAAAGUAGGUGAUAAAGUGGCCGGGAGACAUGGAAAUAAAGGUAUCGUUUCAAAGAUUUUGUCUAGACAGGAUAUGCCUUAUUUGCAAGAUGGAAGACCCGUUGAUAUGGUCUUCAAUCCAUUAGGGGUCCCUUCUCGAAUGAAUGUAGGACAGAUAUUGGAAUGUUCACUCGGGUUAGCUGGGAGUAUGCUAAAUAGACAUUAUCGAAUAGCACCUUUUGAUGAGAGAUAUGAACAAGAGGCUUCCAGAAAACUUGUGUUUUCUGAAUUAUAUGAGGCUAGUAAACAAACAUCGAAUCCAUGGAUAUUUGAACCUGAGUAUCCGGGAAAGAGCAGAAUAUUUGAUGGAAGAACAGGGAAUCCUUUUGAACAGCCCGUUAUAAUAGGAAAGCCUUAUAUCUUGAAAUUAAUUCAUCAAGUUGAUGAUAAAAUACAUGGACGUUCCAGUGGACAUUAUGCACUUGUUACACAACAACCCCUUAAAGGAAGGGCCAAAGGGGGAGGACAACGGGUAGGCGAAAUGGAGGUUUGGGCUCUCGAGGGGUUCGGUGUUGCUCAUAUUUUACAAGAGAUGCUGACUUAUAAAUCGGAUCAUAUUAAAGGUCGUCAAGAAGUACUUGGAACUACAAUUAUUGGAGGAACAAUACCGAAACCUGUAGAUGCUACAGAAUCGUUUCGAUUGCUCGUUCGAGAACUACGAUCUUUGGCUCUGGAACUGAAUCAUUUCCUUGUAUCUGAGAAAGACUUUCAGAUUCAAAGGAAGGAAGUUUAA